AUGUCUUUAUUGCUAUCAUCUCCAUUGCUUGUCCGGACAGCUCGUCUGUCAAACGCUUCUCCCGGAGCACGGUAUAUAGCUUCGACCGCUUACAAACUCGCAGAAACAAAAACUCCAGACUCAUCGCACCAAAAGCAAUCGAAUGAUGCAUCAAAUGACCAGUCAGCUCAGAAGCUCAAGCAGGACAAAACCAAAAGCGUUGCUCAAGCGGAUCAAGAGCUCCGAGAGCGGCUCGAGCAAAUGUCGGGCGAUGGUGGCGCUUCUGGAAUUGAGUAUGAAGAUGGCAAGCCUAGUGCCAUGAAGCGCAGCGUACGAAACAACAUGUUCCGCUAUAUCUGAGCAGCAGAAGUGAGCUACGUCAAGGAGCAUCCCAUCAUGUCGGGGUGUGUCGACAGGGCCGAAUAAAGCCUACUAUGGCUACUUUAUCCAUAUCAGCUGUUAGACUGAGUACAAGUCGAGGCCUUGGCGACUGGUGGCCAGCUUAGCUGAGCUAGGCCCACAGCUUCUGAUCUGAGCGACCUGUAAAACCUCCCAGCUAUGCUAGGCAUCUCCUGACAAUGAUGGACGGCGCUGUGCUCCAUCAGGAAUGAAUUCCCAUAUGAACACUGGACGGUGCACAGGGAGGCCACGUCAAGAACCAUACUAGUUUGGUUGGAUGAUACCCGUCAAAAUUCUGUCAAUCUGCUGUGUCCUAUGUAUGAUAAUGGCCAAAGGGGGCAUAAACAAGACCAGGCCAGCAUCCGCUUGAAAAGGACAUGCCUGCAUGUAGGCUCUAUAUACCAUGACUACAAAACCAUAGACUCCAAUAAACGCU